CCCAACCGCUCUCGAAUUCUUCUCUCCUGGAGCGCCAUCGCCGUUCGAAACCAGCGCCGCCCGAUCCCAAGAAUACUACCCCACCUCUCGCCCCCCCACCUCACCUCCAGCAGACGCCACGCGAGUGCAGUCCACCCUACACACACUCUCCCUCUCCGCGGCUCGAUCUCGUCCGCCUUGUCGGAAGAACCGGUGCUGGUGGUGGUGGCUCGGGCGUUCUUUGACUGUGCGUCGGGAAUGGCGGCGGCGGCGGUUUUGGAGGAGGCGAUGCGACGGGGUACCGGGAGCGUCGGGGACGACGACGUGGCCGCGCGAAGGGCGGAGGAGGCCGCAAUAAGAAGGCAUGAAGCAGCCAGUUGGUUACGAAAAACGGUUGGGGCAGUGUGUGCAAAGGACCUGCCAGAAGAGCCCUCUGAGGAGGAAUUCCAGCUUGGACUGAGAAAUGGCAUUGUCCUCUGCAACGCACUGAACAAGGCCCAGCCAGGCGCCAUACCAAAGAUUGUCGGAGUCCCGUCAGAUACCGCUGUCCCUGCAGAUGGCUCAGCCUUGUGUGCCUAUCAGUACUUUGAAAAUCUGCGAAACUUCCUUGUCGUUAUACAAGAUUUUGGCCUCCCAACAUUUGAGGUGUCUGAUUUGGAAAAGGGUGGCAAAAGUGUUCGAAUCGUGGACUGUAUUCUUGCUCUGAAGUCAUUCAGUGAAAGUAAGAAAACAGGGAGGCAAGCUGCAUGUAAAUAUGGUGGCAUUCCGAAGCCUUUGGCUUCCGGAAAAUAUUUCAUACUUAAGAAUUCUGAUGCUUUUAUGAAUAAGAAUGCAAGAAUGCACUCAGAAGAGGCUACCCAGAAUGCUUUUCCAGGAGAGCAAAAGUUAUCUCCUGAUUGUUCUCCAGAAUCCUAUGAGACUACUACAGACUCCCUUAGCGCGGUUGUCCGCACAAUUCUCUUAGAUAAGAAACCAGAAGAAGUCCCAUUGAUUGUUGAAUCACUACUAAGCAAAGUUAUUCAGGAAUACGAACAUCGCUUUGCAAAUCAGAACUUGAUGGAUGAAGAGAAGCAAAAUAUCUUGACUACAAAGGAGGAGGCCAAUUUUGCAGUAAAUGGUAGUAAUGCAGCUCAAAAGUUCCAACUAAAGGAAGAAAUCAAUUUUGAUCUACAGCACAAACAGAUCAAGGAGUUGAGAGGUACUGUUUCUUCUAUCAAGUCUGGCAUGGAACAAUUGAAAUGGCACUACUCUGAGGAGUUCACUAAACUUGGGAAGCAUUUGUACAGUCUAUCCAAUGCUGCUUCUGGAUACCAUAAAGUUCUUGAGGAAAAUCGCAAGUUAUACAACCAGAUACAGGAUCUUAAAGGAAAUAUUAGAGUUUAUUGUCGAGUCAGGCCUUUCCUUCCUGGGCAAAUAAGUUCCUUAAGCAGUGUUGCUGGAAUGGAAGAAAGAACCAUUGCAAUAAUGACUCCUACAAAGUAUGGAAAAGACGGAAGCAAAUCUUUCACUUUCAACAAAGUCUUUGGUCCAGCAGCCACUCAAGAUGAGGUCUUUUCAGAUAUGCAGCCAUUGAUACGUUCAGUUCUUGAUGGUUUCAAUGUCUGCAUAUUUGCGUAUGGCCAAACAGGAUCUGGGAAGACUUAUACAAUGAGUGGACCUAAAGUUUUAACAGAGGAAAGCCUAGGUGUCAACUAUAGAGCAUUAAAUGACUUAUUUAAUCUCCAAGCACAGAGAAAGGGGACAAUAGAUUAUGAUAUUUCUGUACAGAUGAUUGAGAUAUACAAUGAGCAAGUGAGAGAUCUCCUUCAGGAUACUGGAAACAGAAGAUUAGAAAUUAAAAAUACAUCACAGAAAGGACUUGCAGUUCCAGAUGCAAGCAUGGUUCCUGUCACAUCUACGUCUGAUGUUGUUGAACUGAUGAAUCAAGGCCAAAAGAAUCGUGCAGUGGGUUCAACAGCCAUAAAUGACCGCAGUAGCCGCUCCCACAGUUGUUUGACUGUUCAUGUGCAAGGAAGAGAUUUGACAUCUGGGACAGUUUUAAGAGGUUGCAUGCAUCUGGUAGAUCUAGCAGGCAGUGAAAGGGUUGAUAAGUCUGAGGUUGUUGGAGAUAGACUAAAGGAGGCUCAGUACAUAAACAAGUCACUUUCAGCACUGGGAGAUGUGAUUGCAUCCCUUUCCCAAAAGAACACACAUGUACCUUACCGAAACAGCAAGCUCACCCAGCUCUUGCAAGAUUCACUAGGAGGACAAGCAAAAACGCUUAUGUUUGUUCACAUAAGCCCAGAACUUGACGCAGUUGGUGAGACGAUAAGCACCUUGAAAUUUGCUGAACGUGUUGCCUCUGUUGAGCUUGGUGCAGCAAAACCAAAUAAAGAAGGCAGCGAGAUUAGAGAGCUCAAAGAACAGAUUGCUUUCCUCAAGGCUGCAUUGGCUAAGAAGGAAGGAGAACCGGAGAACAUUCUAAGCACACAGUCAAGCCCAAGCAUUUACAGAAUUAGAAAAGGCAAUGCAACACCUGCAGCUCCUAAAGACAGGCAGCCAAUGGAAGAAGAUGGGAACCUAGAGGUCCAGAAUGUCUUCACUCCAGCUCAGAAGAGGUCGAAAAUGCAUUUGUCUGGCAUCCUCACUGAGAACAACUCGUCUAACUCAGUUCAGAAUUGCAAUGGUCCUCAGAAAGAAAUACGAUUAGGGGGUUGGGUUGACAAGAUGGCUCUUGGAGACGACCACUUUGAGAAUUCUAAUUCCAACGUAGAGUUGGAGCCUGACACAGCACAGCUUCCAACUUCUUUCUAUCAAAUACACAGUCCUAUGCAACAAAGUUGUAGGACUGAAUCAAUACCAUCGGUGGGUCUACACGGCUUUGAUUCUGCUACUAGCUGUUCCAACCAAGAGAUUGGGAUGUCAACCAUGGGACUAAAAGCUUCUCGUAUUGCCAAUAGAGGCGCCUCAACUAUAAAAAAGCCUGAAGCUACAUCAAUGAGGAGUUCAAAUCUAGCAAGCAAGUCUCCACUGUCGCAGAAAAAACUGCAAACACCAACCAGGAACAGGAACCAGCUAACUUUGAGCAGCAUAGGUGGAAGAAGAACACCAAAUGGAAAAAUUGGCAUUGCAAAGUAGUCAAUUAAUGUGAAGCCUGAUUUGCUGUGACCAUGCUCACCUGGGUCAAGGUGAGAUAGCAGGAAGCCCAAAAGGAGUGCGUUUUUUAAACCUCCAGAAGGAUCAAGAUCAAUGAUGUAAACUGAUGCACAUUCUGAUAGGUAAAACAUUUUAUUUAUUACAUUAAAGUUGGAAAGAGACAGCAAAGAGGACAGAGAGAUGAUAAAUAUGAAGGAAAUUCAAAUUGAGACUUCUGUACAUUUUCCAUACUUAGAAAGUAAUGUUGUGUCAUGUAUCUAUUAGCCAUGACAGCAUCAACUGAAAGUUGCUUGUAAUAGACAUGUGCCAAGUUUACAG